AUGGGUUCCGAUCCUCAAUUUGCGAAAUAUCCUGACCUGACCCUCGCCCAACACAUCUUCACCCUUGCGAACACUCCCCAAUCUGCUCAGCCAACGUCAUUACCGUACCUUCAAAAUGCAAUCAAAGAGCAGAAAAUGGCUCCUUUAUACCGGCAUCUUGCCCAUCCUACGGAAGGAGUACUGAACACCGUCGGGGAGAGUACAGCUCAAACAGCAAUUCCACCUCAAAAAGCUCCAAGUCGGAGAGCCUCUUUAGUGUCGAGUAAUCUACUACCGUCCAAGAGAGCAGUACCGUCGGGCAUUCUACCAUGGGAUGAGUCACUCUACGAGGAGUUGAAAGCUGAUAACGAGAAGGAGCUGGAAGGUUUCCAGAAGGAAGAGGAAGAGGCUGAAGAGAAGGCUGGUGAGACCGAAGUACAAGCCGCCAGAAGCAAGCGAGCUGAGUUUUGGGCUCGAGUCGGCGACAAGGACAAAGCUAUCGCCGCCUACGAAACGGUGUUCGACAAGACCGGCCCUCUAGGAACCAAGAUCGACAUCGUCCUUGCCAUGAUUCGAAUAGGACUUUUCUUCAACGACAAAGCCUUCGUUAAGAAGCAGGUUGACCGUGCCAGUAUCCUGGUCGAAAGUGGAGGUGACUGGGAUCGAAGAAACCGAUUGAAAGCUUACAAGGGUCUACAUCUCCUGACCGUCCGUUCCUACAACCUUGCCGCUCCUCUUCUCUUGGACAGUCUUUCUACCUUCACCAGCUACGAGCUCUGUAGCUACUCCUCCCUUGUGGUCUAUGCGGUGCUUGCCGGUUCAUUGUCGCUGAAGCGGGUGGAUUUCAAGGCCAAGGUGGUCGAUGCACCAGAAAUCAAGGCCAUUCUGGGCUCAGGCGAUGAGAAGCCGGAUGAAGAGAUGAAAGACGUCUCGGCGUCGACGGCAGAACGGGCAGCCGGACUCGUCAACGUGGCCGCACUGGGGUCUGGUUCAGCCGUUGAACAGCACACUGAAUCCCCCGUGGAUGUGUCGUCUUUGGCACGCCUGGUCAACAGCCUGUACGGUGGCGAUUACCGGUCGUUCUUCCUUUCUCUAGCUACAGUAGAGGAAAACUUUCUGACCCAAGACCGAUACCUGUACGAGCAUCGGGCAUGGUUCGUGCGCGAGAUGCGUCUCCGAGGCUACCAGCAACUGCUCCAGUCGUACCGAGUCGUUGGCUUGGCCACCAUGGCGCAGGCAUUUGGAGUCAGCGUGGAUUUCUUGGACCGUGACCUGGCCAAGUUCAUCGCUGCUGGUCGGGUCAGUUGUACGAUCGACAGGGUCCAGGGCACGAUCGAAACUACUCGGCCGGACGACAAGAACAAGCAAUAUGCGGAUGUUGUGAAGCAAGGCGAUGCUUUGAUCACGAAACUUCAAAAGUAUGGCCAGGCUGUGAGGUUACGGGGGAGUGAAAGAGCGUAG